GAGAAGGAAGCAGAACCCGUCUAGAUAUACUGUAACUAUGCAAUUAGGAGAAAUGGCCUUCAGAAAUGUCAAACUCUUUAAUUUAUGAGCAAUAGAUAGAAAAUAGCUAUAUAUGAGUUUAGGAUAAAAGGAAUAAGACGUAGGACUUUUCUUUCUGGAUGGGUUGGAUUUCUGCCCGUGUCUGAUUGACUAACGUAUUAAAAUGAUCCAUCACCCACAUUAGGCAGCUAUUUGAUUAUCCGAAAGUUUGCUGCAAAGAGAAUUUCGUAACAUGACUUCUGCAAUCGAGGAAAAAGAACUUCAGGAGAGAUUGAGAGAAGCUGCUGCUUUGGGAGAUAUUGAAGAAGUUCAGCGAUUAGUGGAAUUUGGAGUGAGUGUGAACGCACAAAACGAAAUCAACGGCUGGACUUGCUUGCAUUGGGCCUGCAAACGGAACCAUGCUCAGGUGGUAUCAUACCUGCUAGAUGCUGGCGCUGAUAAGGAAAUUCUCACAGUUAAAGAAGAAAGACCAGCCCAGUUAACAUCAAAGAGGGAAAUUAGGAAGAUGCUGGGAGUGGAAGAUGCUGAUGAGCUUCUGGAUGUGACAAAAGAUUCUGCCUUGCCCAUUAUCCCCAAUUACUUGGCUAACCCACCUUUCCCUUACGUUUAUAACUCCAUGAGUAGCAGCACUGCCAGCACCUCAGCUUCCUCUUUGAAUGGAAGACUCUCCCCUUCUUUAGAAGAGCACAAUGAAGACAGUCCUACUUCUUUACCUCAAGUUCAGGGGCCUGGCAUGUUGCAACAUGAAAAGGCUUCCCCUGUAGGGUCUGAGGAGGAUGCUACCAGGGCAGUGGCUAUUGAAUGCCCGGAGCCUGUAGUCCAGAAUGGUCAUGUUCGCCAGGUGCCUGUCCCUCCAAGUAGGACACUCUCUUCUCCAGCUGCAACUAAACUGCCUGAAACUCAGCAAUCAAAUGGCUCUUGUACUGGACCUGUUCCAACGUUCCAGCCCUUUUUCUUCACUGGAGCCUUUCCCUUUAGUAAUAUGCAAGAACUGGUGCUUAAGGUCAGAGUUCAGAACCGUACUCUUAAAGAGAAUGACUUCAUUGAAAUUGAACUGGACCGACAAGAACUAACUUACAAAGAACUGCUCAGAGUGAGUUGCUGUGAAUUGGGGGUUAACCCAGAACAUGUGGAGAAAAUAAGGAAGCUUCCUAAUACUGUAUUAAGGAAGGACAAAGAUGUCUCAAGGCUUCAAGAUUUCCAAGAACUGGAGCUGGUUCUAUCGAUGAGUGACAACGAUUUCCUGUUUAGAAAUGCUGCACCAACCUUGACCGAAAGGCCUUGUUAUAAUAAGAAAGCAUCAAAGCUGACAUACUAAUUGCUUGAAUGAAAUACCUGUCACUAGCAUUUAACUGUUGAACCCAGGAUUUUGUAAGGGCUAUAACUUCAAAUUCUACUUUAGCUUGACAGACAGGGUUAAACUAAUUAAGCAUUCUUACUCGGAAGCAAGGUCAACUGAAAACAGUUGGAUGUUUUCUAGUUAGGUGCGCUUAGGAUGCGGUUGUCAUCUGUAGUUAGUCUUUCAGUAAACUGACAGUGAAAUAAUGUAGUAGGAUUGGUUACUAAGCCGUGACAGAAUAGUGUCUCUCUCUGUGCAGCAGUGUUCCUUGCAAGGGAUUUCUUUCUUCUGGGAACACGGCAGAGUUAGAAGCUCUCAGGGAAAGACUUAAAUUAAAUUGUUCUAAUAACUGCUACUUAUUAAAAAGAGCAGAAGCACUUAGGUUGAAGGGCAGAACCUGGAACACAUUAAAUGCUUGUAAUUGGUUGCUUAACAGGCAGAGACUCCUGGUAUGUCUAACUAGAGCCAAAUGUGCAACUUGAGUAGAGAAUAAGCUAUUUUUACAGGGAGAAGGGAAAGAGGAAGAGGAAACCUGGGCUUUCAAACAGUAGUUAAGCUGGUCUAGUGUAGCAUUGUCAUUUCUGGGUUACACGAAUACAGCAUCCUUUGGAAACAGCACGUUGCAGACGUGUAGGUGGGAUAUUUCUUGUCACUUGCACAUGUCUAGAGGAGCAGGCAAUAUUAGAGGCAGGAUGUGGCCCAAGAAGGAUAUUGGGGGAAACCAGCAGUAAGCUUCUGAAAGGGGUGGAAGGCUAUACAAUUUGGAAAUGGCAAGAGGAGGAGCCUUCCCCUCCCCUCCUCAUGGUACACUGUGUGAUCUGGGGGCACUGCUCAAACCAGCCCCACAGUCCUUUUAGGAGCAAGGCUUGGAUUCUGACUGAAGCACAACACUGGUUUAGAAAUCUCACCGGGGCUCAGAUCAAAUAUUUGAACAUCUUUACUCCAUUAAUCCAAAUUGUAAAUAUAGUGUUGAUCCAAACUGCUAGGGUGCGUGUGUCUAACUUAUGAAUGCUUGUCAGUAAACAGCGCAGAAUGGUUGGUGAUUUCUAGUGUUGUUUGGGAUGGGUGGGAGAGGUUGUUUGUUUUUUGAUGAAGCUUAAGAAGUUUCCUGAAGGACAAUUUGAGAUGGCAGCUUCGCUCUGCAGCCUGAUGCCACACGUGAAAUGAGCACAAUACCCCUUUGCCACUAGCCUUUAUCCUAUUUAUCCUCUGUUAAUUACUAUUACCUGUUUAAAGGAAAGUAAUAUUGUAGCAUUUUAAAUAGCAGAAUUAUUUUUAAUACCAAGAUCAAUGAGCUAAAAUCUUGGAAUUUCUAAGCGUUUUUGACAAGAAUUGCUUGCAUUUCAUAUAGGCAUGCCCAGCUUUUCAUCAUCUUGCUAGUUCAUCUUCUCUAUAAAUACUCUACUGUCCAGAAUUAGAAUAAACAAAUCUGGUAAAGCAUGGAAUAUAGCACUUUUGAAUAAUCAAUAAUAUACCUAGUUUUAGGAUUCUGUGUACUAGUGCAGGGAGAUCAGUUGCUUUAACUACAGUUCAGUGAAUAUAGGCUACAAUUUAGAUGGACUAGAGCUCAGGACUUCGGAAUUAACAAGAAAUCAGUUGCUGAUUUCAACACCGACAUGUCAGUAUUCCUAACCUGUAGUUUGGAGUAAGUGUUCAUGGAUACUUUGAGUGUGGCCCUUGCUUUCAGCCGUGGCUUUCGGAACAACAGCCCUGCCCAUUAUUACAGAAUUAAGGCUGGUCUGAAGUGAUAAUUGCAUGUUUGGGGGAUGCUUCCAGUUGAAAGAUAUGCACCAGAAUUUGCCACCCAACCCUUCUAGGAAAGAUCUAUGAGCUGACUGCUUUUUGGCCUGCUUCUGCUUAUGGAUCUGAAAAAACCACAGGCAUGACCUGUUCAUUUCAUUCCUUCACACACUCGUGGCUACUGGGUCAAAUCCAAAUAAGGGGAGGCUUGCCAUCGGCUCCUGCCCAGCUGCCUAUCUAAGUUUUCCAGUCACUUUACCUAUUGCCACCUACGGACUUUAAUCUGCAAAGAGAAAAGGGAAAGAGAGAGGUCCUUCCCUGCAAGAGGAGAAGGGGGAUUUCCCCAUCUUGGACACCCCUCUUCUCGUGUGCACACUUCUGCCUUCCUCUCCAGCAGGGAAAGGGAAUUACCUAGCUCUGAAUUUCCUGCAUCAAUCAAGGGGUUGGAUUAGAUGGCCUACAAGUCUCCUCCAACUCUUAUGAUUCUGUGACAUGUGGUCGUGUCCACUAAGACUGCCUCCUCUGAGUGGCCAAUUGACAAAAUAUGUUAUUGACCAAGAUUCUAUAGAACGCACUCCCCACCCUAAAAACAACAUUAAAAAAAAACACAUGAGGCGAACUUUCUUGGGCCCGGCUCUUUCUCUUCUGAGACCCUGUAAGGUGCAGGCUGGAAAGGAGUUGCCCUUCUGUGCACUUAAAAAAAUCCAGAUACCUGGAUCUUAUGUUGCUUUCUCAAGUAACCCAUUUAUCACAACAGGAAAUGGAAGGCAGGAUGCCACUAAGAGGAUCUUUAUUGCUUAGCAUUGUUUGCCAUAGGAGAACAAUGACUGGAUAUUAAGCCAUUAAGUUAGACGCAGUAUAUUAAGAGGCUUAAUAUAGUGUGACUAGCAAUAUAUUAAGCUUCUUCCCCUAUCCCCUAGAGGAGGAGGGAAUAGCACAGCUCUCCCCGACCCCCCCUUUUUUUUGCCAAAUCCAAUUCAUUAAUCAAACACUGUAUUUUCAUCUCCUUCUCUCAGAGCUGACAAAGAGCUUUAAUGUCAAAUGUCAUUUAGCUUCAGUGGCCCAGUCUAGGGCUUAAAAGAUGCACUGAAUAAUAACUGUGAUUAAUAUAAUUAAUUAACCACAGAAUUUUAAGAGGUGGCUUUAAAAACUGAGCUUUUUUUAUGAAAGGGAGCUCAGAACUAAUGGCAUUAUUGUGAACAAUCAAUCUAUACACACAGCCCUUGAUCCAGACAGUAUAUUUAAAAUUAGGAUCUGUAUACAUAUUUUGCCUGGGUUAACGAAGUCAAGAGAAACAAUUUCCAUCAUCAAAAUGGUGUGUUGAUACCAUAGUAUUUAGAUAGAUUUAUAACUUACGAGUUUAACACUUGUUCUGGGACAACCUGAACUCACUUUUACACAUUUCAAAAGAAAACAGCAGUAUUCAAAUUUUAAGUGUCAACAACCAGGGCCUAAUAUAUUGACAUGUUAAAUGCUACCUGGAAUUUAAAAUUUGAACCCCUAUAGAACCCCUCAAACAUGAGCACAGGACUUAGAAAAAUGCUUAAUGCGGAUGGAACAGUCUGUGACAACACAAUCAGUUUUGUGGCAUAGCAUAAGAGUUUGGCGACAUUUCCCCCAACCUGGUGCCCUCCAGAUGUGUUGGACAACAACUCCAUCAUGGGUGGAAAAUGGGAGUUGUAGUCCAACAUAUCUGAAGGGCUCCAGGUAGGGGAAGGCUGACCUAUACCAUAGAUGAUCCAGCAUGUGCUGAAGUAAGUGCAAAUAUUGCAACUGAUCAAGUCCACAGUGUCCAUAUUUCCCAACAGUUGCCAGAUCAGGACUCAUACAAGAUACUUUGGCCAUUUUUUAAUGUUUAAAAGGCUCAGGAGCUGAUCAUGGAAGGUGCAUCUUAACUCUGAUUUUGCAAAGCACUUAAGCACGCACCUAAAAUCAGUGCAUGUAUACCGUAAGCUGCUCUAGAAGUACUUGAAGGGAAAUGCGGGUUUCUUGCUAUAAGACUUAGCUUAGAAAUUCCAGCGCCUUUCCAGAGCAAACCCUUAAAAGAGGAAGGUCUAAUCCAGCACAGAGGCUACGGGCUUAAGUGUGCCCCAGACUAUACUGGAUUGUGACUGAAUAUCUGCUUCUCAUGCAGAAGCAGAUAUUCACAGGAAUCUAAUAAGUGGGUAAACAAACUGACAUGAUCUACUGACUAGCCAUAGUAUUAAUUAGCAUAUUACUGGUCUGUUGAUUAUACAGCACAGUUGCUGGCAUCUUUCUAUGCACUCAGAGAACUAUUUUUAUAUUGUAUAACUUAUGCAAUUUAUAACAGAGGAUUUUAUUAGCUCUGCUAACCAAAUUAUUAACCUAAUAAUAACUGUGUAGUUCUUUUUAAUAUCAGUAGAUAUACAUGAUACAGGACUUCCUGCAUUGCUACAUGAACAAUAUGGUUAAAAUGAAGAAUUAACCAAAUGGUUUAGAUGGUUUCUUAUGUGUUGUAUCCUUUUUACAAUUAAUAAAAUUUUGUUGCCUUUCAAA